CACAAGGAGAGGGGCUUCAUUCUCAACCCAAAGACUCCGGCAAGCGCAUCCCGUUCCUCGAAGCAGGCAGGACCCGCCGCACUUUUUUUUUUGUUGGUGUCUCCAUGUUUCCUCUGUCAUCUCCAGCACAUCGCAUCUGAUCCGAGCCCCUGAGCCUCUGUCCAGGGACCACCGCGAUCAGCGCCACCACCACCACCACCACCACCACCAGGAUCUGGGGAUUCCUACCGCAGUUCGAGAAGAGGACAGUCGGUGGAAGAGAGAAGCUCGUGAUAAAACAGCAGCACCAUCUCGCCACCAUGAGGUCCAGAAACAUCUGAAACUGAUGAUUGUGCGCAAACCCUGAGCUGAAAGGGUUGUUUUUUUCUCCUCCAACAAGUACCGGUCAUGUUCUCCACCUGACAAACGAAGCUCUCGCCUUCGCCUUCUCGCACGGACUCGUUCACGCCGCGACAACUUUUCAUUUCUUUUUUUUUUUUUUUUUUUGUUGUUGUUCCCCCGCAACCCCCCCCGCCUUGCAGAAGUUACUGUCUCAUCCGUCGGUUUGCGCUCACGAGCAAACGGCGCAAACACAUUUCCUCGCGGCAACUGUUUGUUUCUCCGACUUUUUAAGCUGCAUCCUCAAGGCGAAACGGCGACUUCAAUCGAUUAUCUUUCUUUCCUUUGCUAUCCGAUGGAUAUUCACUGCAAAGCAGACCCCUUCACCGCGAUGCACCGGCAUGGGGGUGUAAACCAGCUAGGCGGGGUGUUUGUGAAUGGCAGACCCCUACCUGAUGUGGUGAGGCAAAGGAUUGUGGAGCUGGCCCACCAGGGAGUGCGACCCUGUGACAUCUCCAGGCAGCUGCGGGUGAGCCACGGCUGCGUCAGCAAAAUCCUGGGCAGCUAUCAAAAGGAUUUUGAAAGAUACUACGAGACAGGUAGUAUUAAACCAGGAGUAAUUGGGGGGUCCAAGCCCAAAGUCGCUACUCCAAAGGUUGUGGAUAAAAUCGCGGACUACAAGAGGCAGAACCCCACCAUGUUCGCCUGGGAGAUCCGAGACCGACUGCUGGCUGAGGGCAUCUGCGACAACGACACGGUGCCCAGUGUGUCCUCCAUCAACAGGAUUAUUCGGACCAAAGUUCAGCAGCCUUUUCAUCCAUCUCCUGACGGUACACCUCUCUCCACACCUGGCCACACCAUAGUUCCAAGCACGACCUCCCCACCUGUGUCUAGUGCUUCCAAUGAUCCAGUUGGGUCUUACUCCAUCAAUGGCAUUCUGGGUAUUCCCAGGUCGAAUGGCGAAAAGAGGAAACGCGAUGACGAUGGUUCAGAUGGUUCUGGCCCAAACAGUGAUUCUCAGGGUAGUGUGGACAGUUUACGGAAGCACCUGAGGGCAGAUGCUUUCACUCAGCAGCAACUCGAAGCUUUGGACCGGGUCUUUGAGCGGCCAUCGUACCCCGACGUCUUCCCAACAUCCGAGCACAUCAAACCGGAGCAGGCUAAUGAAUACUCACUACCUGCACUGAACCCUGGACUGGACGAAGUGAAGCCCAGCUUGUCGGCCAGCAGCAACCCGGACCUCGGCCCCAACGUGUCACAAAGCUACCCUGUAGAAGCCCCCUUGGUCUGUGUAAAGCAGGAGCCCCACGAGGCCUCCCUGGCCCCUUUCACACCCUCCUCCCUCGGGGGGUCUGGCUUCUCGGACCUCCAGCCCUUCAGCCAACCCGCUGUGUCAGUAGACGCCUCCACUCCUUGCUACAGUGCCUAUGCCCACCACGGCCCCAGCUACAGACAGUACGCAAGCCAGCCUUUACUUGCAGGUCGAGACAUGGCAAAUACAACCCUGCCUGGGUAUCCCCCUCAUGUACCCCCUACGGGGCAGGGCAGCUAUCCCACCUCAACACUUGCUGGAAUGGUUCCUGGGAGUGAGUUUUCGGGGAACCCCUACAGUCACCCGCAGUACACAACGUACAAUGAAGCCUGGAGAUUCAGCAACCCAGCUUUACUAAUGCCGCAUCAAGAGGCUCAGCUCCUCCCACUGCUGCCACUGCCUAUGACCGCCACUAGUUACCAUGGAAACCAAACCAAACGACAGGAAGAUGCUUUUGUCCUACAUAUUGUACCGGUGUGAACAGUGUUAAGGUCAAAGGAACAGAAGGUGGCUCCAAAACAUCCUCUCUCAUGCUUGCAGAAAGAAGGACGGACUAAUAGGGACACCCGAAAAACUCCAAACAAAUCUGGCCCUUACAACUCCAGGUCCAACUCCACCAUGAGCAAGACUGUACAAUUUCAAAAAGACUCUGAGAGAUUCUAAAUAUAUAUAUUAUGAAGCGUGAAGAAAAACCAGGUGUGAAGAAAGCAAAGUUUAAAAAAAAAAAAAUUGACGUGGCUGUUUCUCCUGCUUUAUUAGUUUGAUUUUCUCUUCAUGGAUCAAUACAUUCCUUCACUUGAUUGAUCUCGUCUCACGAAGAAUCCAGUGUUGAACACAAUAAUAGCUCACUCAGUGUCGGGUCCUCGUGGACAGGUGGUUUGGUAACAUUCCCAUGGUUUACAGGUUUACUGAGAGCUUUGCGUGCUGAAGAUGAUAGUGCCAGUAUGGGCUGCAGUUUGGUGCUCCCCCCCCGACCCCCC